ACUAAAGAUAUCCCCAGUUCUGCAUUUGAUGAAGACAACACGGUGCAGUCUGUUUUUGACCUUAUCGUGGGUGGCUUGGAGACCACUGCCACCACUGCUCUGCUCUAUAUCGUGGCUUAUCCUGACAUCCAAGAAAAAGUCCAGAACGGGCUAGAUGCCAUUCUGAGUCCCCCCCAUCUAAUCUGCUAUCAGGAUUGGAAGAAACUGCAUUAUAUGAAUGCUGUGAUUCAUGAGAUCAUGCGCUAUGGUAGCAUUAUUUUAAUCACAGUUCCUAGAGCAGCAGUGAAGGAUACAACUGUUUCGGGGUAUCAGCUUCCAAAGGGCAUGGUGAUUAUGGCACACAUAGUCUCAGCUCUUUUUGACCCUGAAUAUUGGGAGACCCCUCACCAGUUUAACCCUAGCCAUUUCUUGGACAACCAUGGAAAUUUUGUGACCCGAGAGGCCGCCUUAGCCUUCUCAGCAGGCCACUGUAUGUGACUGGGAGAGGUGCUGGCAAAGAUGGAGCUUUUCAUCAUCUUCUGCAGUCUGUUGCAGACAUUCCAGUUCACUCUACCAAAAGGAGUUAAGGAAGUCAACACAGACAUUAUCUUUGGGAGCACAAUCAUGCAACCCCAUCCAUACAAGCUCUGUGCAGUUCUUCGCUAG